AUGCAGGCUCCGCUUCGUUCCAGCUGCCUACCGAGAAUACAAUUGCAGGCUGGACGUGGGUUUGGACCAGACUUUACGAGGAGCCUUCAGACCUCAAUUAAAAUAUAUAAUCAACCUCCAGAACCUUCACUUCCUAGGGAAGAUUAUACCGAGGCCCAGUGGUUAGAUUAUCUUCACCGAGUGUCUUUCACUGCCUCGCAGAGUCAAAAGCUUCUGGCUGAGCUCGACGUCAAGAACCCGGACGCCGGGGUAUUCGACGCACCCAACCGAAUAGAACGCGCAUAUGCGCUUAUUUUUCAACUUUUCCUUUUCUUGAGCCGUCCUCAACCUGAUUCAUCUCCAGAGCACUAUUUACAGACAUUCGAAACUAUACCCUCCUUUGACGGAGACGAUCUUCAUCUCGCUCGUCUCUGUGCUAUUCACAUUCUCAAAACUAUUGUCUGGGAGCUUGACAGUAUCCCGACUUCGGAUCCUCAGCGAACAAAGUACCCCAACGUGUUUGAAGAUGCGAAAGGUCUAUCUAUGCUAUGUGCACAGUUCUUGAAAGAUCAGGACUCUGUCCCCGAGACGUGGCCAGUCUUCUGGUCAGAAGCUCAACAAGCACUCGUUGCGUUGGGAAUGGAUCUAGGUGACGCAGGCUAUGCGAUUCAAGCACCACCGGACCCAUCCGAAACACCUGAUACAGAUCCGGAUGCCCCAGGCCUAACUCGUGCGGAAGGCUUUAAGGGCGUGGACUUGACAGGUAAUGCGGGAGCACCUAGCAGUCCCGUAUCUAUUAGGGCAGUAUCAUCAGGCUUUUCCGACAUUGAAUCGGUUGUCUCUCUGGUGGAUCAGAGUACGUAUCAAGUUGAUGAUCGCGCCUUUCUCAAGCUCCCGGACGAAGCUGUUGUGGCUGAAGACCGAAAACUCGCACCAGUUCAUCCAGAGUUUGCAUUUUCAGAUGGCACAACGAUGAAUCAAGUCUUCUGGGUUCAUGAAAUCUUUAUAAAUAAGUUUUCAGUACUCGCCGCCCUCAUACAAAGGGCAAAAGCCUCCAACACAAACUUGGAACCUGGAAGUCGCAUUGUGCUCGUUUGCGAGCCAAAAAUUCAAGGGGCAGAUAUUUUCAACACUCUCAAAGUUAUAUACGCAUCUUACAUCGACGGGAUCCCUGAUUUUGAUUCAAACAUUAUGAUAUCUGCCCUACGCAUCGCCUCCAUUUUUGACUAUCCUAAUCUACGGAAAUUCGCCCUUUCGAGACUGGAAGGAAUGAGCCUUUCUGCCCUUCACAGAAUUCAGCUCUCCGAUGAACUUCUAAUUCCCUCAUGGGAGAUGCCUGCGUUUGUUGAGCUUUGUAAUCGCGCAGAGCCUAUUACAUUGACCGAGGCCGACGUCCUAGGAAUGUCCCGGUUUGUCGAAAUCGCUCGAAUUAGGGAAACUCAAAAAGGUCAUCAGGUGACCAAACUGGUGAACAAGGCCCUUCCUAAACUUUUAGAAAGCUCGCAGUCGAAUAAUUCUAGCGCCUCUGAGUCUACUCAAGAUGAAUCUGGUUAUCUUGAACAAGUGAUUUCCUCUUCUAGCUCUGAAGUGCUAGACAUCCAUGCAGAGCUCUCAAAAGCGCCCUGGAUUCGCAAAAAGCAUACUGUAGAAUCCGACAUAGAUCCUGCCGACGAACCUACGCCGAAAUCUGCAACGAGGGCCACCGAAGAAGCCACGGCUGAAUCCAUCGGGGAAUCCACCACUAAAACCUUUGCGCAGGAAUGA